AUGCCUUUACUACCUUCAAGGAAGUUCAAAGAUGUUGUCACGAAAGGAAGUGGUCAGCAUAUAAAAGUUACGAGGACUGGUCGAGGAGUGGUGGAUGCUGUGAGUAUAGAUGCAGAGCAAGAGAAAGUAACAAUACUUGGUAAUAAGCUGGAUCCAAACGAACUCAUAAAAGAGCUAAAGAAGUCUGGGAAGCAUGCUGAGAUAUGUAAUGGAAAUGGAAAUGGAAAUGGGGGUAAGAAGAAUGGAAAUGGUAAUGCCAAUGCCAAUAGUGGUGAGAACAAUGGAAAUGCUAAUGGGGGUAAGAAGAAUGGAAAUGGAAAUGCCAAAGGUGGUGAGAAUAAUGGAAAUAGAAAUGGAAAUGGAAAUGCAAGUGGGGGUGGGAAUAAUGGAAAUGCAAGUGGGGGUAAGAAGAAUGGGAAUGACAAUGUCAAUGGUGGUGAGAAUAAUGGAAAUGGAAAUGGAAAUGCAAGUGGGGGUGGGAAUAAUGGAAAUGGAAAUAUGGCACAAAUGGUUCCAAUAGGUUGUGGAGGAUAUUAUCAUCAAGGGAUGCCAAUGCAAAUGCAACCUUAUUCAUAUGAACAACUUCAUCACAUGAUGAUGAUGAACCAACAACAGCAGCAUAUGAACAUGUAUCCAUCCAUGAAUUACAUGCAACCACCGCCAAUUCAGUCUCGCUGUAUGGCUGAUCUUACAGACAAGUUCAAUGAUGAGAACGUCCAGAGUUGCCGGAUCAUGUGA